UCGCGGCGUCAUAUUGUGCGCUGCUCAGUUGGUCCUGCAGUCCGAGUCUUCGGUUGGUUUGCUUCUGUCCGACUGAGAGCGAAGGCUGGGUGCUGUGCAUUCCUCAGGACGUAAACAUCGAGAAUAUGGAGACGAAUUAAUCUUUGGGGUGUAGGAUUAGACCAAAGGAGGAGGGGGCAGCCUCCGACGCUGAAGGCCAUCUGCAGCCAGGCCAAAUGGGUUUGCAUGCAACUGGUGGAAACAACUGGCAAGGGCAACCCAGAGAAGUUUCAUGCGAGCAAGGGAUGGUUGGAGAAGUUUAGAAAUCGCUAUAGGCUGCUGAAUUCGAGGUUGAUAGGGGAGGAAAAACCGUUAAAUACCCAGUCGGCACCCAAGUAUUCCAAGCAACUCCAGAAUCUGAUCAGAGUUAGUGGCUUUGUACCUCAGCAGGUCUUCACCGCCAAGCAGAUGAGCCUGUUUUUUGGAAGUGCUUGCCUUCGCGUACUUUUGGGGAAAAAGACAAAAUUCCGGAAAGCUUAGAGGAAGCUAAGGACCGGAUUUCUUUCAUUUUUUGUGCCAGUGCCGCAGGUGACAAAACCAUUGCUGCUUUAUGAAGCAGCACCUGUUUUAUGGAAAACAAUAUAAAACGCCUUCCUAUUUUCCGGCGAUCACUAACAGUAUCAUUAACAGCUGCCCGCAUUUUGGAUUGGCUUCGUAAUUGUUUUAUUCAUUGAACCUGGAGUUAUUUAACAGAAAAAAAUCUUGCCUUCAGAGUGUUGCUGUUUUUGGACAGAGGUCUCAGUCACCCAGACUCCAUUCUUUGCUCAUCCCAAUGAUGAUACUGUGUUUCUCCAUCUGGAGGGCAGUAGCUGUCUUAAGCCCUUAGAUCAGGGUAUAAUUGAAGCAUUCAGGAGGUAAUACACCAAGCAUAUAUUUGACUACUUUGCCGACUUUUUGAAAAAAACCCUUGCCUCACUUUGAAAGAAACAUGGCGACAGUACAACUUUGCUGAUGCUUUGGUAGUAAUAAAAGAGGUGAUGGAUGAUAUAAAAACCAGCUUCUCUUAAUAAAGCCUGGUGGAACCUUUGGGAAGAUGUUGUGAAUGAUUAUGCAUGUUUCCCUAGAGCUAAUGAAGAAGUUGAAAAAAAAUAGAGUCUGGAAAUGGAUGGGCUUUAAAUUCAUCUAUAUUGAUGAAAGUGAAAUUAAUAAGAUACUUAAGUUUCAAGCUUUGGCAAUAACAGAGAGUCUAUAUCUGUAGAUGAGGAAGAAGGCAAAUCUCUGGAACCAGAGAUAAAGUUGAACCUAAGGAAACAAUUCUCACACCAGGUGUCAGACCUCAUUGAAGCUGCAAUUGAUAUGGGUUCUUUACUGGAUUGAAGUUUGGCGUUUAAAAAAGAUUUCAAUAAAUUGUUGUAUACCUAUAAAGAGGCCCAAAAGAACCUUCAAAAUAAAGCAAAGGAGAUGAAGAAAGAGAAGGAAGACACAAACAAAGAGGCAGUAGUGUGGGUGAAAGAGAUGGGUACAGAAUCUGACUCUGAAGAGGAUUCUGAGUCCAUAUCUGAAUCCAGUAAGGAGGAGGAGAGAAAGAGGGUAAGAAGCCUCCAGAAGAAGAGCUUAUAAUCUCAGGCAGUGGCACUGAGGCUCUUACUAGAUCUGAAGAAUCUGCCAAGGCCAUAAAUGCAGAAUUGGACUUUUGGAAUCUAACCUUGGAAUUGAAUCUGAAGAGAGUAGAAGUGCCUGAUUGAAGUAAGAAGAGAAUCCAGAAGCGGUUUCUUCCAAAUAACAGUUCAUCUCUUGCCAUCCUUCCCCUGCUGCCCCAGCAUUGCCUUCAUCAUGACCAUCCUUAUAAUCAGCAAAUCAACAAACAUUUAUUGAGCAUAAUCUCUGUGGGAUCCUGUGCUAAACUCUGGGACAUCAUCUCAGGAUAUAAGAUCCUGACUGCUUCUUUCCUGACAUACCCCAUGCUCAGGACCCUUAGCCAGCAGCUCCUUUCAUUUGUCACUGGCAGCUAUGUCUCCGGCACUUACUCCGUCGUUUUUGUCAACUGUCCCAACGAGCAGAUUGCCAGAGAUAUUGCCAGGGCUAUACUGGAUAAGAAGCUGACUGCCUCUGUGAACAUCCUGCCUAAGGCAUCCUCACUAUACUAUUGGAAUGGAGAAAUAGAAGAAGCCACUGAAAUCCUGCUGUUAAUAAAGACAAAGACUUCCAAGGUCCAUUUGCUAUCCAGCUACAUCAGGUUGGUGCAUCCUUUUGAAAUCCCAGAGGUCUUCAGUCUUCCCAUGGACCAAGGAGAUGUGCACUAUUUAAAGUGGCUGGAGGAGGGCAUGGAGGAGGAAUGAGUGGGGGCUUUUUGUGCCUCCUGCUGGCUGACUCUAACCUUCAUCAGCUGUUCUCUGGGGGAGGGGAGGCUUCUUUCUGCCCCCUCGCAUCUCUGGAUUCCAUGCUUUUUUCAGCACAGAGGAGUUAAGUAACUUGUGGAGGGUGAAGGUCCAAGGCUUCUGAGGCUGGAAGAGGACGCUGGGCCAGUCGGGCCAAGCAAGAACCCAGUGGACCUUGUCUCUGAGUGCAUCAUGCGUAGAGAUGUUUCUGGUGCAUGUGAAAAUCUUGUGUAAAGUAAACCCUACCGAAAAUGUACUGAGGACCCCAAAUGGCCUGUCCGUAUUGCUUUCACGAUAAAGUCAUUUUCUUGGUCUGGAUUUCAAGGCCCUUCAGAGCCUUGUCUCAACUCAAUUUUCCAUCCUCACCUACUCUGGCAUGUGUGUGCUCCAGUGUGCUGUGCUGUUACUCCUGUGUUCAGGCCAUCCCCCCUGCCUGAUCACCCUUCUGCAUGAGUGCUUCAGAAGUCUCCUUGGCAAGGCCUGGCAUCCCCCGUUGGAAGGAAUCUCCUGCCUUGAUGUCCUGUUAUCCUUGUGUGUCACAGUCAGUCUCCUGUUUCUAGAUUGUGAGCUGCUCGAGGUGAGGGAUAUGUUUGAAUCCAUUUGGUCUCUUGCACUGGGUUUGGCAGAUAUUUCCUGAAUUGAUGUUUCAAGGAUUUGAAUAGCUAAAGCUUUCUCUAUGGUCCACAAUUACUUCCUAAUUUAUGGAGUUGGCAAAAUCCAACUUCUUUUCCUUCAACUUUUUUUAGGUGGGACUAAUUCCAAAGGAGGUUUUUCUUUCUAUCUCUGGCCUUCAUUGGUUCAUUUUCUGUGCUGACUGUGCAUUGAAAACUGUUUCUUGGUGGCCUUCCUUUGUCACAGUGUCACAGCUGACUAUAGGAAAUAGGAGAAGACAGGGACAAGACACCAGCUAUCUCUGCCAGGUACUGCCCUAGGUUCUUAACAUUAUUUUAUCCUUACAAGUCAAUGUUAUCCUCAUUUUGCAGUUGAAACCUGAGGUCAGAGAGCAGGAGACACUUAAAGUAAAUGGCAGAACUAGGCUCCUAACCCAAGUCUCUGAUUCUAAAUCUGAUGCUCUUACUGCCUCUUUCAAAGAGGUUGGAUGUAUCCCUUUGUAGGCCAAAGACCCAGAGAACCUGCUGUAGCCAACUCUAAAGGAAGAGUUAUCCGUUCUUAAAACAUCUGUGUGGUAGUUGGUAUUGAUAUAUUGCAUUACUUCUCCCCACAGAUCUGGAUGUUGGUGAUAAUAUCUUCAAUUCUACCGAUGAGGGAAAGGAUUUAGAGGAGUUUAAUGCUUUUUAGGGUCUGCGUGACUCCAGCUUACAUGGUUUGGCCACUAUACCACACUGUCCUACCAGAUGAUGCUGUGGGAGCUGAGGCUAGGACCUUCAUCAGGGUUUCCUCGUGGGAGUUCCUUCCCAGCAUUUCUCAGGAAACUUAUGUUUUAUGAUCCCAGAAUCCCUGGGAGAGUCAGUUGAGGAAAUGUGAAAAAGUAUUAAAAUUUUAUCUGUGAAUACUACAGCUUAAAAGCAUAGAGAUGUUGCUGGUUUGAGGGAAUCCAGCUUCAUCAAAUAAAAACCUAGAGCAAGGAACGCUAACAUAGAGUUGAAGACUAAGAGAACCAGGACAGGGGCGCGUAGAAGAGAA